CAAAACUGGGCACUUUAAAAGGGCAUUAUUUUUAGAAAAAUAUAACUCACUAAGUGUUUCCUAAAUUCUCAACGAAUAGAGUGUCCGGCGUGGAGCCCGGCGUACGUACCUUGUCCCCGUGUGUGUAACGCAACGUCUUAGGUGACCAGCAGACAACGCCAGUCGGAAGCGACGCCAUCUGCCGACCGCGGCGCCCAGCUUGCACAAUCAGCCAUUCAGAGCUCGUCAGGAAGAUAAGGACACAGUCAAUUCCCGCAGGAUGGCCGAGGCAAUGGUGGUGGAGGACCGGUCCGCGGACCCUAAGCGCUUCUUCUGCCACAUGUGCAACGUGGAAAUCAACAUUCCCAAUGCGGAUUUCACCUGCCCUCUGUGCGCCAACGGCUUCGUGGAGGAGCUGCCGGCUAAUGCCCCGGAGAUGGCUACCGGGGCUGCUGUUGCCUCAAGUAGUGGUCGAUCGGGCAGCAGUGGCAGUGGCAGUGGAUCCUCCAGCUCCCACGACAAUCUUAGCCGGGGCAGCUCCUCAAGCGGAUCUCAAGUCACCGUGGAGUCGCUGCGAAACGACAUUGUAUCUCUGCUGAAUAUGCGGAAUGUACCGAAUCUGGAGAUCACCAUCGAGCCAAAUCGGCGUCACACCAAUGUGGUGCACCUGGGCGGCUUUGGCGGACCAUCGGGCAGUGGCGCCGGUCUGACCGCCGGUGGACGCGUGCGGCCGGCCAACCUAGAUCGCCUAGACAAUGUGCUAUUUGACUUUCUGCAGAGCUUGCCCCUGGCCGGCGCAACUGCCGAAAUAGUGACCGGCCCGGGCGGAGGCGUUGGCGGCGGUGGCAACUCGCACAUGUUCUUCAUGGGCAACCCAGGGGACUAUGCAUGGGGCCGGGAGGGCCUGGACACGAUUGUCACGCAAAUGCUUAACCAAAUGGAGACCUCGGGACCGCCGCCACUGUCGGCGCAGCGCAUCAACGAGAUACCCAAUGUGCAGAUCAGUGCCGAGGAUGUGGAGCGCAAGAUCCAGUGUUCCAUCUGCUGGGACGACUUCAAAAUUGACGAAACAGUUCGCAAGCUGCCCUGCUCGCACCUGUAUCACGAAAAUUGCAUUGUGCCAUGGCUGAAUCUUAACAGCACCUGUCCGAUCUGCCGCAAGUCCCUGGCUGAAGAUGGCAGUGAUGGUGACGAGGAGUUUUUUCUGCUCGACGGCUUUAAUAGCGGAGAGACUGGAGCGGAGGGCACCAGUUCCACAAGGAGCUCGGCCACCAACGCCAUAGGAACGGCGACUUCGGCUGCUGUCAACAAUAGCAGCACCCCUAGUAGCCAGACUCUUGCGGACAGAGCCCAAGCACGACCUGAGGCCGCCUCCAAUCCCGCCCAGCCACGCAACAACGUAUUCACCUUUGACGACGACAACAUGUUUCUUGAUUAAGGCCUGGACAGUAGAGCGAUGGAUCAAUGGAUUGAUAUUCAAAAUUAUGCCAAUUAUUGGCAGCGGCUUUAGCAGUUUAGCCCUAAUAUAACAAUUAAUCAUAUAUAUUUAUAAUAGUUCUCCUCACGCUUACUUUUGUUGUUGUUCAAAAUAACGAUUUGUAAUAAACAACACGGAAUACAAGUUGAAUUCCGUCGGCCCUGCAAGAAUCAA